GGUUCUUAAAAUUUCUUCCAGCCUUCCCCACUUAUCGGCAAGUUUUUGGACCCAAGAAAUAAGCCACAUUUGCCUGUGAUCCUAUGCGUGGAAGGGGUGCACGGCUGCCCCUUCUGAAUGCUCGCUAGAACAAAUAGGGGAGCCACAGUUAUUUAACUCCACAAGACUUCCCUGGGCUAUACAUUCAGAGGCUGAGGAAUGCCAGAACUAACAGAAUCCAGAUGUGCUUACUUGGCAGCCACCCGGCCAACCAUUACUGAAGGGAUACAGUAUUGAAAGGAUUGCAUUGGAUAUGGAGGGGGGCAACAGACAGUUUCCCUAAUGCAAACGCUGAUGUUCCUUAGAGAUCUGUGGAAACAAUGAGAGUUCAACUCAAAGGUGAUGCAAUCUGCACACUGUUCCUGGUGGUAGCUCUUUGCACCAUGAUCUAUUCACAGCUGGGCCACACUUCCAUUAGAGAAGAAAAGGUGAACAGCCAGAGAAAGCCACCGGCAACUUCCCGGAUCUUCCACAUUUCCGAAGUCCUUCAGAAACGGCUGAAUGUAGACGGGACAGCAGCAAAGCCCAGAACUAUUUCAGAAGUGAAACAUGCCAAGGUGGAAACCCAAGAGGAGAUGACUACCACUCUGGCAACCUUGACACAUUCUGCUUUUGAUUUUAAGAGUUACCUUAGAAAUAAAGAUAAUCGGAAGUUUGAACUCCUUGUUAAUCAGCCAAAGAAAUGCAGGACAACCAACCCAGGUGGAACCUUCUUGCUCAUUGCCAUCAAAUCACUGGUAGAGGACUUUGACCGCCGUGAGGUUGUACGGAAAACCUGGGGAAGAGAAGGGCCCAUCAACGGAGCACAGGUGCAAAGAGUUUUCCUCCUGGGGGUCCCCAAGAACCAGACAUCACUGCCCAUGUGGGAGACUCUUGUCCGUCAAGAGAGCCAGAUGUAUCGGGAUGUGCUGUUGUGGGGCUUCCAGGAUACUUUCUUCAACUUAACCUUGAAAGAGAUAAAUUUCCUAAGUUGGGCAGAAGAGUUUUGCUCCAAUGCCAAGUUCAUAUUCAAAGGCGAUGCUGAUGUUUUUGUUAACGUGGAAAAUAUCAUCAACUUCCUCGAGAAACGAGAUCCCUUGGAGGACCUUUUUGUUGGGGACAUCAUCUACAAUGCGCACCCGAUCAGAGUGCGAAAGAGCAAGUAUUAUAUUCCAGAGUCUAUGUAUGGGCUAGACAUGUAUCCAGCCUAUGCAGGGGGUGGUGGGUUCUUACUAUCCAGCAGUACCAUGAAGAAACUCUCCCAGGCCUGUGGGGAGGUGGAGCUGUUCCCCAUUGAUGAUGUGUUCUUGGGCAUGUGCUUGCAAAGGAUCAACCUGAAACCCAUGAUGCAUGAAGGAUUCAAGACUUUUGGAAUCACCAAACCUUCUGCUGCCCCUCACUUGCAGACUUUUGAUCCCUGUUUUUACAAGGACCUCAUGGUAGUCCACAGCCUGAAGGUCGCUGAAAUCUGGCUCAUGUGGAACCUGCUCCACAGCCCACGGCUCUCUUGCACCCAAAAGAAGCAAGUCAAGAAGGCUUUCAAAUGGAAAAUCAGAGCAAAAUGGCACGGAAAAGGUCAUGCUGCCUAAGGGACAGGUGUACACACAUACAUGGUCAAUGAUCACUUGAUA